AAUAGUUGCUUUUCAUGGAUUACUCUAGAAGAGAAGACGUGAGAAAUAUUUUACAUCAUAGAAUAUGAGCACAGCGUGGUUUGUAGGAGAGUAACUGAGCCCUUUUAUUUUACCAAGUACACUUUAAAAGUUCAUUUUCUUUUUUUUUUGGUCUUAGAAUGAAAAAAUAGUUGUCUUCUGCGUUUUUGCCUGAGUAAAAUUAGGGAGUUUUUUAUUUGCCAUCACUUAGAAGAAAUAUUUACACUCUUUUAUUGACUGAUGUGUCAUCAUUCUGGUGCUCGUAAUUUUGACACUGACCGAGGGGAAGUGGAAGUACCUCAGAAUAGGUGUUGUUUUUCAUCUUCUGAGUAGAAGUCAACAUGUUGAAAAUGAAGAGACGGAUGUGAUGAACAGCUUUUAAACUGGUUAACAUGCUUGCUUAGUGAAGAAAAUAUUCCGAACAAUCUGAAACUAUUCCAUUUGCAAGGAACGAGGCUGUAUUAACUAGCUGAGGGUUUGGUUUGUGUUGUUACACUAGAGAAUGUAGGCGAGGUUCUGCAGCCCUGGUUUUCUUCAGUGCGCGCAGGGGCUGGUGUGUGAGGAGUCUGCAUGGUAACCAGCAGUGGGUUCAAGGUGGUAGUCUCGGCACCACAGCAAGCUGAAGUGAAUGCUGAAUAGAUGGUGCACGUUACCUGAUACGUGGUUAAAUGGCAUCUUUUUUUUUUUUUCCCUAGUUUAGUAGCAUGCUGAGUAAAAAUGGCACCAUGCUUGGCAGUUGUGGUGAAAGUUUGAGUCAGGGAAGGAUUUAAACUCUGGGUGUUUUGUCCCUGCAAAUAAUGUAGAAUCAGUCUUAAUGCUGCUGUGAUCUUCUUCAUGUGACUUUUUUUCCACUGUAACUACUGAAGUCAUUGCUUUGUUUAAAACAUUGAUUUCCAAGAGCUCCUGCUGAGUCUCAGAUUCAUGCUGCCAAUCAGGAACUGUUACUGUGUAGUUGCAUGGAAGUUGUGAGUUUACAUAUAAAUGCACUUACUUACCAAGCUUUAGUGUUGUCCUUACCACAUUUUUGAGAAUUACUGCUCUAAGCGUUGCCUUUCAGUAGUAGCCACUAUUGGGUUUUUAGAAGACCCGAAAAUAAUAUUUUACUGCUUCAGAUGUGAAAUUUUGUAUGAAGUUUGUAAUGAAAUCAUAAAGGACCACUUAAGAGGUUACUUGGUCCAGUUCUCUGCUGUAAGCAGAGCUAGCUUUGAAGUCAGAUUCGUGUGACUUGAAAUAUAGGCAAAGACGAUCAUUCCACAGGUGGUGUGCUUGAACCUUCUCGUUCAUGAACUUUUUUUCUCAUUUCCAGUUGAGCUUUCCAUGUUGCAGGCAUUGGCUCUUGCCAAAGGUAACUGGAAGACUGCAGUUAGAGCAUGCUUUAGCUUCCUGAUAUCCAGACUAAGGAAACAUGCUCCCCUCAAACUUCCCUAGUGCUGUGCUCUAGGUGCUUCCCAGUGUUGUUUGCACGCUGCUGGGCUGCUGAGUUUGUCUUAGAGUGAGAGUUCAAAACUGAACACAGUAUUUCAGGUUAGGCCUCACAAGUGCUCUGAUUGCUUUGUGGCAAGUCAAAACCAGGCCAAGAAGCUCAUUCAAACUGAAACAGAUCAUUUUAUCAGAUCAAUUUUAUGUGCUAGUUCAAAGCCUGAAGCUGAUGUGGGGAAGGUGCACAGGAGGGCUCAGUGUUGGUCUGUUCUGCAGUUAGCUUGGACUAUUGGAAGGAGGAUGGAGGUUUUCAGGCCGCUGGGUUACAGUGCCUCAAAGGAUUGGCCUGCGUGGCUGGUAGUUCCUUGCCACCAUAAUGGUUUUUGCUCUCUCUUAUAAUCUGUUUGGGAGUGUGCAAUAAGGAGCAGCCUGGUUAUUUUCUAGCAAUUAGUAGAGAUGUACCUACAAAUAGGCAAGUUGCCUUCUCCAGGCACCAUGAGGCAUGUUUCAGGGAGUAUCAAUUGGGUAGUGACUCAGGUAGGAUUUGCACCUGGUAAAUCAGUUGGAUGCACUGGCAGGGCUCAGUUUGGAAAACUGAGUGUUUACAUUAGAAUACACUGUUGAACUGUACUGAUGAUAAUGAUCUGUGUUAGGGUACCGUCUGGCAGCUGCCCAUGAGGCUGUGCUGACGUUUUCCCCUGCUGUCUCUCUCACUGGGGCACCCUGCUAGGCCCUGCCAAACCUCAUGCCCCUGCCCGUGGCAUAAGGCCCCAGCCAGCUGACCCAAAGCUAGAAAUGAUCCUGUGCCAAUGGUCUCCACACGUUGUCAAUCACUCCCAGUAUAUGUAUGUUUAUUUAUAAAUUAGAUGCUUAGACUGCUGAGGUUCUGAUGUUUUCCUCUAAUGUGUCCCUUGGGUUACACACAUGGAGCUUGGCAGGCUGUGCAGCUCUCAACCUUUAGUUCUCACUCACUCUGUUAUAUUUUCAUGCUGUCUUGGUAGUGUGGGUUGUACACAUUUCAUACAUCAGUAAUUUUGUCCACUGUGUUAACAAAUACUGAUGAGCACUAGUUACACACUGAAUUUGUGUAUCUUGAGUAUAAAAAGACAGAAAGGAUAGUUGGAAAGAAAAAACAAUAAGCUUUUUCUACUGUUUACGCUGUAAAAAGCACAUCAAGGAAAUUUCACUGGGUAGGCUGUUAACACUUUUACAUGAUGAUUUUUGUCAAGAUCACGUGUUGCUCAAGUGGCCCUCUUCUAAAUAAAGACCAAAGGGAUGGCUGUACAAUACUUUACUUUGAUUGUGCACCUUUUGUGUUGCUGUCCUGAAAUUAGCAGGACACAAAUUGUCAUUGAAAAUUGGCAUCAGUUAAAAAGAAUUAAAUAUACAGUUAUGUGGUUUAGGUAGACCUUGGGUACACAGCGUGAAAUGCAAACAGAAUUUAUUCUAAAUAGGUGGUGAGCUCGUGUGGCUUGGUUAUGAAUUUGACUUGUCCCUCACAGACCACGUACCUGUGAGUGAAGUUCCAUCUGCAUGUUGGUCCUGUGGUAUUUCACAGACACGCUGCCAUCCUGCAUCACAUCAAUGUGGUGUUACACAGCCCUUGCUGGGGGGAUGUUGAGAUGAUAGUGAUGGUUUUUUUUUUGGUUUAUUUGUGGUUUUCAAGGUGUUGAGAGUGCAGCAGCCUCUUCAACUGAAUGCUGCUGUAAGAAAUCUUCUGAGUGAUGGCAAGAAUUUUGUUAGAACGUGAUAGGUGUGCUUCUGGGAGGACUGGUUGUUAAUCAUGGAGUUUACAAAAAUGUAUCUGUUUUCUUCAUUUUUGUCUUUAUUGUUUUGUAGACUGGUAGGAGCUUGCAGUAAGUUGGGUAGAUUUUUCUUGUGUAUUGAGUGAGGAAAAACAGCAGUACAUUUUUCUGAUCAGGUGAGCUAUAUGCUUAGCAGUAGGGCUGAAGGGUAGAAAGUAUGUAUUACUGUUAAGAUUUUUUUCUCCUUGUCAUUUUCUUGUAUAUUUUUUCCUCCUGCAAUUUUUAUAAAUGUGAGUUUUCCAGAGUUUGGUGACCUUAGCAAAUACAUCUCAUUUGUGUUAGUAGUUAUAAUACCCAUUGGAAUAGCAGUUCAACAAAGUUCUGUGUGAUUGCUUGGGCUUCCCACAAUGAUAAGCCUUUACUGUAUGUUCGCAGAGAAUGUUUGGUUUGGUGAAGUGAAGGAGUUUUGCUGAUUUCAAGUAGCAGUGUUAGUGUUACCAUAGUGAUAUGGAAUGGGAUUUUUAAAAGUAGGCGUGCAGUGUGAAAAAAAAUCCUGUUUUUAUUUUUUAUUUUUUUCUCCUUCUCCCUUCGUUCAGCUAGGAUUCUUUGGAACCUGCUUUUGAGAGCUGUACGUGCUGCAUAAGGAAAUAGCUUCCUGUAAGAAGUGUUAACAGUGCCAUUAAAGCAAAAUGCUAAUCACUUACUGAUUUGUUCUUACUAAUGCACAUCUGCAUUUAAAUUUGGCCACAUUAUAAAAUGUCUUGUAAUUUGCUUAGCAUUCAGUUGCAAGACCAGUGUUUAUGCUGCUGUUUUGCAGCAGCCAGCAGAUGUGACACUGAAUCAUGGGUGAGAGUAUUUUCCUUAAAAUGCAGAGUCAGCUCUUGAAUGCUGAUUUUUCUCUAAUGUUUCAAGUAGUUGGCUGUGGGCACGGUCUGCUUUCCUGUUCUGUUGGAGCAGAGAUAGUGAGGCAUCCUUGCCAUGAUCGAUCCUCUGCUGCAUGCUGUCAGUCAAUAAGCAUGGGGCUGCAUGAUGUAAGGGCUGGGGUAUUUUCUGUUAGUAUGAGCUAGAAGCUAGCUUCAAAAUCACUGAGGUGUAGAAAGAAAUAACAGAAUUGGGGCAGUUGAGGUGGAAAGGACCUCUGGAAAUGCCUUGUCCAAUGCCCUGCUGGCAGGAGUGCCAGCCAAGGCAGGCUGCACAGGGCUGCAUCAGCAGGGUUGUAUUUGUUCUGAGGCAAAUACUCCACAGCCUCACUGGGCAGCCUGCACCACUGUUUGACAACCUCACAAGAAAAUAACUUUUUUCUUAAGUUUAAACAGAAACAUGUUGUAUCCCUUGCCUCUUUUACUGGAUACCACUGACAGAAAUUUGGCUGUCUUCCUUAUGUCCUUCCGUCAGGCAUUUCUACCCAUUGCUAAGAUCGCCCCCGAGCCUUCUGUUCUUCUGAUGGAACAGUCCUAUUGCUUUCAGCCUCCUGUGAGACAGGUCCCUUCAUUUCAAUCACUGUGAACAGUCAUGAGAGCCCACAGAAUGAUGUGUGUAGAGCUGAUGGGGGGGAGUAAAUUUCUGUUUCGACAUAAGAGAUUGGCUUCAAUUUAUUUUAAUCUAACUAGAAUUAUAAAUUUCAGUGUUAAAUAUGGUGGCAGAAUUUUAAGGGGAGCUGAGAAAAACACAGGCAUGGCAGGAAUCGGUUUGAUUUGAUUAUAUGAUAUUGUGUGGAUGAUGUUGGAUAACGGAAUGGAUGCCGAGAUGUGAAGAGUUAUAGGAGAUGCUAUCAUCAGUUGAUUAGCUGGGAUCUCUGCAGGGAGUAAGGGAAGAUAAAGAGAUUGUGGGAGUUACCGACAGGAAGAAGAGAAGAUGUUACAGUCUUUGAUGAGAUUUGGAGAGUCACGGUAAAUGGGAGAGCCAGGGUCGUGCAGAUGGAAGCUUCAAAGGAGCAGCAAUCAGGAAAAAAUGAGGGAGUGUAUUUGUUACAGGUAGUACUAAUCUGAGUAAUCAGCGAGUACAAGAGUUGGUGACUGGGAUGCUGUCAGAGUAAAAAUGCUCUGUGCCCAGUGGAUGCCUAUGUUCAGUUUGCAAAUGAAUUGCCCACCUGUUUUUAAAGGGAUUCUCAGAACUCUGUACUAUUAAUUGCAAGUUCAUUUGUCAUGGAUGAUGAUGAUGAUGAAUCCUGUCUCCUUGAUCUUAUUGGGGACCCGCAGGCACUGAAUUAUUUUCUGCAUGGACCUAGUAAUAAAUCUAGCAACGAAGACUUGACAAAUGCAGAAUAUUCUGUAGCCAACUCAAAUUCCAUUUUCGCCAACUCCAAUAACACUGAUCCUAAGUCGUCUGUAAAAGGUGUAAGCAAUCAGCUUGGAGAGGGGCCUAGUGAUGGACUGCAGCUGUCCAGUAGCCUUCAAUUUCUUGAAGAUGAACUUGUGUCUUCUCCUUUACCUGAUCUUAGUGAGGAUCAACCUUUUGAUAUUCUUCAGAAGUCCUUGCAGGAGGCCAAUAUUACUGAACAGACUUUGGCAGAAGAGGCAUAUUUGGAUGCCAGUGUAGGUUCUAGUCAACAGUUUGCACAAGCUCAGCUUCAUCCUUCUUCAUCAGCAUCCUUUACUCAGGCUUCUAAUGUUUCUAAUUACUCAGGUCAGACGUUGCAACCUGUAGGAGUUACUCAAGUGGUACAGCAACCUGUUGGAGCAUCUUUUGCAAGCAAUACAGUCGGCGUGCAACAUGGCUUUAUGCAACAUGUCGGAAUUAGUGUUCCCAGCCAGCAUUUGUCUAAUAGCAACCAGAUUAGUGGUUCAGGGCAGAUACAGCUGAUUGGUUCAUUUAGUAAUCAGCCUUCCAUGAUGACCAUUAAUAACCUCGAUGGAUCUCAGAUAAUACUGAAGGGUAAUGGUCAGCAGACGCCUGCAAACAUGAGCAGUAGCCUCUUGGUUCAUAGACAAACUCCAAAUGGUAACUCACUGUUUGGGAACUCAAAUACAAGUCCUGUAGCACAACCUGUAACAGUUCCGUUUAACAGCACAAAUUUUCAGACAUCUGUACCUGUCCAUAAUAUCAUAAUUCAAAGGGGUUUAGCGCCAAACUCUAACAAAGUACCCAUUAAUAUCCAACCAAAGCCUGUCCAGAUGGGUCAGCAGUCUGCUUACAAUGUGAACAACUUGGGAAUACAGCAACAUCACGUACAGCAAGGGAUUCCGUUUGCUUCUGCAAGCUCACCUCAGAGUUCAGUAGUUGGUCCUCAUAUGUCUGUUAACAUCGUUAAUCAACAAAAUACAAGAAAAUCAGUUACACCUCAGACAGUUAGUAAUGCUGGAGGUAGUAUUGUUAUCCAUUCUCCUAUGGGACAGCCUCACGCACCUCAAAAUCAGUUUCUCAUACCUACAAGUUUGGCUGUUAAUUCAAACUCAGUUCAUCAUGUCCAGGCCAUAAAUGGACAGCUUCUUCAGACGCAGCCUUCCCAGUUGGUUCCUAGCCAAGUGUCUGCCGAGCAUGUAAUGCUCAACAGGAACUCUACAAACAUGCUGAGAGCCAACCAGUCGUAUUCUGGACAGAUGCUGAAUAAUCAGAACACAGCUGUUCAACUUGUUUCUGGCCAGACCUUCACAGCUCCUGGAAACCAAGUUAUAGUAAAUCAUGGAACUUCACAAAUUGUUGGUGGACAGGUGCCACUGCAGCAGGCAUCACCGACAGUGUUGCAUUUGUCACCCAGUCAAGCUAAUGCUUCUCAAGGUAGAUCGAGUUUUACGACAAUGUCACCUGGGCAGUCUGCAGUCUCAAAUAUGUCAGCUUCUAAUCGAUUCACUGUUGUAAGUUCUUCUGGUUCGGUACAUCCUAGCUUGGGACCUUCUGUUCAGUCUGUUGCAUCUGGAGGAAACUUUACUGGAGAUCAACUCGCACAGAGCAGGACUCAAGUUCCUGUCAGUUCAUCACAUCGUCUUCCAGCAUCCUCUUCCAAAUCCAUCAGCACCUUUAGUCACACAUCAGUUGGAGUAACACAGCAACAGUUCGCCUUCAGUCAGAAGAAAGGUAUGAACCAGACAUCACCAGUUUCUGCGUCAAAGGCUCAAGAUAAUUUGAGACAACAUCAGCUGUCAAGUCUUCUGAGCAACACCCUAUCAGGGCAGGACUCUGGAGGAAAAAUUGUACAGCAAUCUCUUGGAACAUCACAAGAAAAAGGAGUAGGAUCAUCUUCAGUUCAGUGUAUACAGGUGGAUGGUCAUUUAGUUGGACAGAAACGACCUGCUGCUAAACAGUUAACUAAAGGAGCUUUUAUGCUACAGCAGUUACAGAAGGAUCAGAUGCAAGCUGUGACACCAGAUAAAAGUCAGUUCAGAUCAUUAAAUGAUGCGUUUCAGAGGCUCCUUUCAUAUCAUGUGUGUCAGGGGUCGCUGCCGACUGAGGAAGACUUAAAAAAAGUGGACAGUGAAUUUGAAUCUGUAGCUACACAGCUAUUGAAGAGGACACAAGCUAUGCUGAACAAAUACAGAUGUUUACUUAUAGAAGAUGCAAUGCGGAUAAAUCCAUCUGCAGAAAUGGUUAUGAUUGAUAGGAUGUUUAACCAGGAAGAAAGAGCAUCUCUGACCCGGGAGAAGCGCCUUGCACUAGUGGAUCCUGAUGGUUAUCAGGCUGAUUUUUGUUGUUCUGCCAAACAAUUUGAUAAAACAGCUGAUGAAGCACAGACCAGCAAAAGUGACCAUCAGUCUAGCAAAGCAUUACCUUCUCGAAGUCAGACUACCAAAACCCAAACCAGAGACCGACCAAAAUUCAGCUCAGCAGAGUCCACAAAUCACAGUAAACUUCCUCUAGUGCCUAACAACGUUUUGACAUCACAAGAAGGAACUACUAAAAAAUCGGAAAGCCUCAUUAAAGCUUUAAAGUUUGAGAAAGCUAAUUGUUCUUCUGGGAGCCAAUACAAGGCCCUUCCUGAAGAAAAGAUGGCUGGUAAAGUUCUUACCAAGUCAGCUGAGAAUUCUUUGAGUUCUGAAGACUUGUCAAAAACUGUAUCAAGAGGCGGUCAUGGAACACACAAUAAAAUACCAAGGAAUACAGUCCAAUCUUUCUCGAAGGUAACAUGUAAUAAUUCCUUCAAAGACAAAACUCUGAGGAGCCCUCCAAAGAAUGAGGUUUUACAUCCUGAUAACAUGAAAGGCUCCAGUGAACCCCAGCAAGACUUACUGCUGAGUAAGAGUUUAGAAACGACAUUUAAGAAUAUCUUGGAACUUAAAAAAACUGGGAGACCGACACAAAAUGAGGCAUCGAGUAGUGGCUCUGUUGACUUAGAAUUUCCUAAUUUUUCACCUCUUGCUUCACAGGAAAACUGCUUGGAAAAAUUUAUUCCAGACCACAGUGAAGGUGUAGAAACUGACUCUAUUUUAGAAGCAGCUGUAAAUAGUAUCUUAGAGUGUUAAUAGUUACAAUACCCUGGAAAAGUUAUGUUUCUCUUAGCAGAAGCAAAUGUGAAUGACACCACAAGUACAGCCUGACAUACAUUUAAGGUUAACCUUUCUAAACUAGAUUCUGUUCUGUGUUUGAGAGCAAUACUCAUUGUGGUUACAGUGAGAUAGCCAAGUAAAGUUAAUCCUUGUUAGAAUGCAGUCUGUUAGGGCCUUACUAUUUCAAGUAUUAUUAUGAUAGUGCUUUUGAUAAUUGUGCAGUCCUGCAGCAUAACAAGGUUGCAGGCCGUUAGGCCCUAUGUAAUAUGGUAAUAUACUGACAAUCACAGUCAUUUGAAAGGAUAUAUUUAUUAAGAAAACGUUUUUUAAAAAGCGAUGGAAGCAACAAUUCUCCCCUACCCUUUUCCCCAAAUCCACAAAAGAUUUUUAAGUUGUUCUGGAAAACCCACUGUACCUCUAUUCAGAAGUGAUGAUUUGCUUUGUAAUGGAAUCUGUGUUCUAGGAGUCUUAAGUUGGAAGGAUGUCAUCACUGUGUUAACAAGGUUUCAUAAGUUGAACUUAAAGUGCUUUUCUAUUGCUUUUUGAGCAGAAACUAGUCCUUGAUAUAUUUGUAGUGGGUAAGUUUAGUCUGUGAGAUGAUAUUAUAUGGUCUUAGUCACAGUGGCAUGAUAUGAAGUAAUAAAUGCUUGACUAAGGAAGGUAGAUUGGAAGCCAGUAAAUGGCUUCUUGUGUACAGGUCGAGGCCAUGAUAGAGCCAUGAAUUUAUAUAUAUAUUACAUAUAUAUUAACUCUUCUUCAAGAGCUAUUGCGUUUUAUAAUUGGAUGUAGUCAGCCUUGAGUCUUUCUGAAGUGGUAUAAUUUUUUUAUUUUUUUCUUUGAUUUUAAUUUUUUUUUAUUUUUAGACCGAGUGUCAAAAGCACUUUUAUUUGAAAGCUGUUAAGAUAUUUGUAGCUUAUAUUUUAAGAGGACAUUAGCCUUACUCAGAAAAAAAAUUAAGGCCAGUGUUUAUUUUUGAUUUUUUUUUUUUAAUUUUGCUAUCAGAGAAUGUUGAAGCAUCCACUGUAGCAGUCAUAAUUAUCAAGAUAUGUACAGACCAAAGUUGAUCAGCAGUCCCAUUGUUAAAACAUAUCUAAAAGUGUGUAAUUAUUAAUUCAUAUUGUAGAGCCAAGUGAAACUAUUGCACGGUUUGCAUUUGGCUUGCUGUCAUGUUGGUAAGAUAGAAUCUUAUUAUUUUAUUUAUUUAUUUUAAUCUAUGAUGUCUCUUUUUUUUUUUUUUUUUUUUUUUUUUUUCUGCCCAUGCUGCUUUUUCAUAGUUUACCUUGGUCAUGAGUGCUUUUGUGCACAUAAAUACGCUGGCAUUAGUCUCGUGCAGGUAGUACAUAUGUCUGCUCAGGAGGAUACAGCUUUUGUGAUUUCUAAGAUAUGCUUAUGUUCUCCCCAGACCUCCCCUCCAGUUUCUUAGAAAUUACCAAUCAUAUUCCAGACUUAAUGAUUACAGUCUUCAUAACCUUGAGGCUCAUUGUGACAAACUGUGGUUGUCAGUUAGAUUGCCAGGAAGGAAGACAAAAGGUAGUUUUGUUGUCAUGCAAUUCAGUCCAUCUGAAUAGCGUAGAGGAAAGCAGAAUUAUGUCCUUGUGACAGUGAAAGAUUACAGUGCAACUCAGUAUUGAGCUACAAUCCACUGUCUGACCGCUAAAGGAAACCAAAUCUCGAAAGCAACAUGAGAAAGAUGAACUUGUUUAAAAUUCAUUUUCCCUUUGAAGUGGAUGGAAAUGCUGUUGUUUUUUUUUUUUUUUAAUGUUCCUAGUUGCCAUUUUAAAGAAUUGUGCCAAUUUUAAAGUACAUGUUUGUUAAACCCAACAUUCCCGAGUGUUGUAUAAAAUAUUCAAAGUAAUAACGAGCAUUGCCAGUUUUAAAUUCUUAGCUAAGUGUCCAUAGAAUAGACUCUCAGGCAGUGAUUUGUUCUAUUACGGGUGAAACUGACAGUAUGGUCUUCACCUGUUGCCUUUUUAGAUUUAAUAAUACUCAUGGCUGUGUAUUCUGAAGCGUAUGUACUUGAUGAUGUUGGAAAUUCAGCUGUUCUAAACGAUUUGAGAAGAAAGCCAGUAAGUGACGCAGCUGUGUGCUAACUAGUUAAUUCUUUUAUAGAGGGGAAGAAAAGUUGCACAUUUGUUGAUACGUUUGCUUUUUGUGCCACCUCAAAAUGGAUACAGCGUCUGUACAGCAAAUACGCAACUGGUGUAUAUCAGGCUGUGUGUCUUCUAUUGGAUCUUAUUUUGGGGUGGGGGGCAAUGACAUUAAAAAUGACAAAUUGCAAAAAGUAAUGAUUGUUGAUCUGGUCAGACACAUUUCCCUGAACUACUUAUGAGAGGAGCCCAUUGAACGAAUUCAAGGUAAAUGUUAGAUUGAUCAUGUUCUGUUGUUCACUCCUUUGAAUUCAGUUCUAAAGGAAUUCUGGUACGUUAUGAAGCAGGAAAUGAAAGAAUUGUACUUUUUUUUUUUUUUAUUUAAGAAGUCUAGAUUAAUCAUAUGGACUCGAAUCCAGCAAAGUAUUGUGAAUGUGCAUGACUUUAAACAUGUUUUCAUUAUUUUGCUGGAUCAACAUUGUGUUCUCAAUGUUAUUUAAUACUGCCUAAUAUUAAAACAAAUUUUAAACUGGCAAUUAAGAAAAAGAUGUUCAUUUUGAAGAUUUUAGUAUAAUUUAUCUGUUAGAUUAGGGAGGCCUUACAGACUGACUUCACUUAAAGAGGAUGUGUCACUUAUUGUCAGUGUGGUAUGGACUUUAUUUGCUUAAAUACCUUCAUUUGUAAAGUAUGUCUCACUUGAAAUUGCUUUGUAUACAUUUUGUAAAAAUAUUUAUAAAAUGUUUUGUAAAAAAAAAAAAAAAAAGUAUAACAAAUUGCAGUUUAUUUUGUUAUGUUGGAUAAAUACUGUUAAAAGACACAAGUCAGUAAAUAUAUUGUUAAUCCAUGGAUAGGAAAUGUUUAGUUGGAGAUUACAAAUUGAAACAACCAUUGCAAUACAGCCAAAGAUUUGGGAAAAAUGCGUAUCUGUGAUUGUCUUGAUUUAACUAAGUUGAAUAUUUACAUUUCCAAAAGAGGGUUGCUCUCAGUUUUUAGUAAUGUUGUUGCAAAAUAUUCCUACUUCCGUGCUUUUAAAAAUUUCUAUAUUAUAUAAUACUAUAUAGGCCAACUCUUCAUACUCUAUGCAACUUUUGAACAUACGUUACUGAGGCUUGGUUCUUCUGGCAUAGCAUACAGCAUUACAUACAGUAAUACUCAUACCAGAAUAACAGGAUUGACAGUGAUCCUGCUAUGUUGUUAUAAAUCUUACCAUGAUGAGGUUGCUGAGAGACGCUCUCCUUCUCCUGUCUGUUGUCACAAAAUAGAGGUAUCAUCUUCCUGAUACCUCGGGGAGAUACUAGAAAAAGAGUUUGUGUUUGUCAACCAGCCAUCUCAUCCAUGUUGGCAGUAUUUCCCACUUCUUUAUUUUGGCUGUGAGAAGAAGAUACUUUAAUUGCUGAUGAUGUAAUGCUUCUUCCUACUUCUAGAGGGGUAAUGACUUCUUACUGUGAUUGAAUUUUUCAGAAAAUGUGCUGAGAUUCUGAUCUAGUAAAGCUCUUAUGCUUGGAACUUCAACACUUUAUAUUUGGAGGCUAUGAAAAUGAAGGAUUGGUGAAGUACACCACCUCUCAUCGUGGAUUAGGGCCUGCCAGUUGCAAGGUAGAAGUCUUUAUGGUUAGUAUUCAGUUAUUUUGUCAACAAGACAAAAUAAACUUGCAUUUUGAAAGCUUCUCACAUGGAUUCAGUCAGUAACAAAAUGAAUAAAAUCAACUAUCUGUUAUUUUAA